CACAAGCAAGCGAGAAAACAAAAGUUUGCCAAAAUAAUCCUUAAAAUCUCUCAAAAUGGAGGAUUUCGAUGAAAAUGUAACCCCAUUUUGGCUCCAAACCACCGAAAACGGCCGUCUUCGCCGCCGUCAAUAUCUCUUCUUCAACACCGGUAUCCUCGUCAUCUUAUUGUUAGCCGUUGCUUUCGCUUUUAUCUUCGUCAUCGUCCCUUCGUUUCUGUCCUUCACUUCCAAGAUAUUCAAGCCCCAAGUCGUUAAAAAAUCAUGGGAUUCCCUCAACUUAGUCCUCGUGAUCUUCGCCGUAAUCUGCGCUUUUCUGAGCAAAAACAACGGCGGCAGCGAUACCAAUGAGACGCCGAGGUCUUACGGAGAUUACAAAUUCUCUUCGACGCCGAAACAUGUUGUUGUCGAUGACGAUGAUCGUGGCCGAAGAUCGAACCCGGCUACUUCGGAUCAAUGGUAUUAUGGUCCAUCGCCGCCAUCAGAUCGGACGGCGUAUAAUUCUUUGCGGAGGAUGAGGAAUAGCAACUCGUAUCCGGAUCUGCGCCAGGAAUCCGCUUGGGUGGUAAACGGUGAUGAUCGGUGGAGAUUUUAUGAUGAUACUGGGCUGUAUAAUUACCGGAGUAGGUCGAGGCGAGAGCGUGAUGAAGAACAACAAGUUUACUCUAGUAAUUCAAAGGAUAUAGCUGUUGAUACUGUUCGUAUUACGUCGCCGCCGCAGCCAACUGCAGUUCCGCCACCUGUAGUAGCAGAAACAGAACCGUCGGAUCCGCCGCAGCCUCCUAAGGUUGUUAGAAGGAAACCUAAGCGGACUUAUGAAGAUGUUCCACCUAGAGAGAGAGGCGAACGUAAGGAAGUUGUGUACAGUGAGUUGAAAACCAAGCAUUCUCUUCCAUCACCACCGCCUCCAAUAGCUGCACCGCCAUCACCUCCGCCGCCGCCGCCUCCACCACCACUACCGUCAUUUUAUAACAUCUUUUCUUCCAAGAAAAACAAAGGCAGAAGGCAUCAUCACACAAUCCCUCCACCUCCACCGCCACCACCAUCACUGGAGGCGCGUGCGUCGAGAAGAGAACCCAAUAAACCACCCGUAAGGAUCAAGAAACCCCCAUUGCCAGUCAAUAUAAGAAACGUCCACAAUGUGGAGGAAAACAUCGAAAGUGGCAAUGAAUCACCUUUCAAUUCAAUCCCUCCGCCACCGCCGCCUCCACCAUUUAACAUGCCGGCGUGGAAGUUCGAAGUACACGGUGAUUUCGUCAGAUUGAAAAGCAUCAACAGCUCUCGAAGCGGGUCACCAGAUUUGGAUGACCCAUUGAGCCGUGAAGCAAGCCCAUCGGAUGGGAAUAAAACCGGUGACGUGGACGGCGGAGAAUCGACCGUAGCAGGCACAUUGUUUUGUCCAAGCCCAGAUGUGAAUACCAAAGCUGAUAAUUUCAUUGCAAGGUUCAGGGCUGGUUUGAAGCUGGAGAAGAUAAACUCAGUCAAAGGAAGGUCUAAUCUUGGCCUUGAUCCAGGCCCAAGCACUGUGUAAGAAGCAAAACUC